AGCUUUAGCCACAUUCAAAUUGACGUUUCGGUGAUUCGAUUGACAAGUGACAACUGAAUACCAAUAUAACCUAAUUUUAACUAAUUUUUAAAAUACUUAAUAUUGGACAAAAAUGUUGAUAAAAGACGCCCCCGUUAUUUGGGACAGUCUUAGAUCGAUCAUUUGCGUAUAUAAACCCCCGAAUGUGACUUGCCAACGCGUGCGACAAACAAUCAUUACUGCGGUGUGUACAGGUUUAAACGAAAUGGAAUGUCGCCCCCCUAUGGAUUACGUCAGUAUUGAAGGCAACCCGUCCACUCAAUUAACAGUCACGGUGAAACCAAACUUGGCAGAUCAUCCUCUGGUGGUGGGACCCCGUUACCAAAUUGAAGACUUGAAGUGUAGCUGGUCGAACUAUUUGGGUUUACACAGUAGCGGCGUUCUUUUAUUAGGGUUGAGGAAUGGUACAAAAGCAGCAAAACUAAUUCGGGAAAAUCGCCCCACUAGAAGUUAUAGAGUGAGCGGGCGCUUUGGCGAAGCCACUGAGAAUGGGUUUAAAAACGAAAAAGUAGUGGAGCGUUCAACGUAUAAACACAUUAAGCACGCAAAUAUAAACAAAUUGUUGGCAGCAAUGCAAGCCUCACACCAAAAGGAAAUGUUUAAGUCUUGUGGUGUUGAUCUUCAAUCACAAACUGCAUAUGAGAUGGCUUGUGAAGGUCCGAUUCGUCCCGCAGAUUCCAAACUGCCGGUGAUUUAUGGAAUCAAGUGUGUUCAGUUUGAGCCGCCAGAUUUCGUCAUAGAAAUACAGUGUAUUAAUGAGUAUGAAACUUACCUGAAAAGUUUGAUUCAUGAAAUUGGGGCUAAAUUACGUUCCACGGCGCAUUGUACUGGAAUUCAGUGUAUUAGACACAGCUAUUUUACGUUAGAGAAUGCCCUGUUGAGAAAACAUUGGACGUUGCAGCACAUUAUUACCAAUAUGGAGGAAUGUAUAGCGAUUAUAGAUGAGCACGAGAAUUUAGUCAAACAGAAGAAAGCGGCGUUGCAGUGACUUGCUAUAGCUCUUCAGGCUCAAUUACUUCCUCAGCACUGGCUUUGACCUCAGUUGUACUGCGUGAUCUUGCUGAAAACAAAAAAUGUAUUUGAUGAUUGUAAAUAUAAUAUAAAUAAAAAUAAAGAUUUUUAAAGUGA